AUGCGCAAGACGUCAUUUGUGAGCGCCUCGGAACACCUAUCCCACUGCGAAUCUACCUUGCUGAUCGACUGCAUCUCGGCGGUACGGGAGCGUCCUCCCCGCUGGAGUCGGUCCUGCCGCUCCAGCCGUCACUCAGCGUCCGGCGAGACUCCUGAACUCCGGCCGCUCGAACCCGCGUGUAUCGGGGAGCGGUCCCGGGUUUCGGCACCACUUGUCGCCUCGGGAAUCUUCCUUAACCUGACGUCUCAUACGUGGUUUUGGAAUACAAUUCAGAAUGAUUUCAAGAAUGGGAAUGUUGAUUUAGAGGGCUGCAGGAGGCUGCUUGAAAAAAUGCAAAUAAAAUUUGAUGAAGACCAUUUAAAACAUAUUUUCAAGAAAACUAUUGACAAACAGUCAGGAAAUAUUAUUAGCAUGGACGACUUCAGAGCAAUUUAUCGAGCUCUUGUACACAGGCCUGAAUUUGAAGAACUAUUCAAGGCUUACUCGACAGAUGGCAAAAUUCUACCUGACAGCCAGCUCCUUAAAUUUCUUAUAAAAGAACAAUUUCAAACUGAAGCUAAUGAAACAACUGCCUUAGAAAUUAUUAUGAAGUAUGAACCCAUUGAUGAAGUGAGGAAGAAAAGGCAGUUGUCAUUUGAAGGAUUUAUAAGAUACAUGAACUCAGACGAAUGUUCAAUAUUUAAAAGCCAGCACAAGACCGUCUAUCAAGAUAUGAACCAGCCAUUAUGUGACUAUUUUAUUUCAUCUUCUCACAACACCUACUUGAUAGCUGACCAGCUAAUGGGACCCAGUCACUUAUGGGGCUAUAUCAGUGCUCUGUUAAAAGGAUGCCGUUGCCUGGAGAUUGACUGCUGGGAUGGCACCAACAAUGAACCUAUUGUGUAUCAUGGUCACACUUUAACAAGCAAAAUUCCAUUUCGCUCUGUAAUUCAUGUGAUUGACAAGUAUGCAUUUAUGUCAUCUGCCUAUCCAGUUAUACUGUCUCUGGAGAACCACUGCAGCCCUAAACAGCAGGAAGUAAUGGCAGACUGCUUGAAAAGUAUUCUAGGUGACAAACUUCUCACUACACCAAUUGGUGGUGCAGUAGAUAUGACUGAACUGCCUUCUCCUGAGGCAUUAAAAUUCAAAGUUCUGAUAAAAAAUAAAAAAGUUGGAACAAUUGAGGAAGGUCUGCUCAGGAUGGAUGCUGAAUAUGGUGGUGAGACAGAGGAACUGAAGACUAAACUGAAAAAACUUUCAACCUUAAUCAAGAAGAAAAGAGUGAGAAAGGGAAAGAUUGCCCUUGCAUUGUCAGACCUCGUGGUUUAUACCAAAUCUCAGAAGUUUGUGAGCUUUGAGCAUUCCCUGCAGCAUCAGCAGUGUUAUGAAAAUAAUUCAGUUGGAGAGAGUGCAGCACGAAAACUUUUAAGAUCUUCAGCUAAAGAGUUUAUUUCACAUACUACAAGAUUUAUUACAAGAAUUUACCCCAAGGGAACAAGAAUGAGCUCGUCAAAUUAUAAUCCUCAGGAGUUCUGGAAUGUAGGGUGUCAGAUGGUGGCCUUAAACUUCCAAACACCGGGAACACAAAUGGAAUUGCAAGAUGGAAAAUUCCUGGACAAUGGUGGUUGUGGCUAUGUGCUGAAACCUGUAUUCUUGAGGGAUUGCAAUACCACAUUUACACCCCGAAAUGUGGGAGGAUACAGCAAACCAAUGUCUCUGUCAAUAAGGCUGAUCAGUGGCCAUCAGUUACCACCCAGCAGCAUCUCUAGGACCAACAAAGCUGACCCCACAGUGCAGAUAGAAAUCUAUGGUGUACCAGAGGACCAAACAAGAAAGAAAUCUAGUAUUGUAAGAAGCAAUGCUUUGAGCCCUAAAUGGAAUGAAACAUUCUCUUUUAACAUCCAAGUUCCAGAACUGGCAAUGAUACGCUUCUGCGUUCAGGAUGAGAUUUCUCUGUGUAACAACGAAUUCCUUGGCCAGUACACUUUACCUGUGAUGAGCCUGAAUACAGGUUACCGUAACAUUCCAUUGAUAUCCAAAGAAGGCAUCAAGCUGGAACCUGCAUCACUCUUUAUUCAUAUUUCAUAUUAUCGAUGAUAUUCUGCAGAAGAAAUCAUUAAAAUAACAUCU